CGCUACCUCUCCAGAAACUUUUUGUGUCGUGUUAUUACUUCUCUGAGCAUGCGAGUUGCUGUUGAUUCUUAGUAUAAUCCACGGCUCUGCGCAUCCCGUGCCCCUCUCCACUGCAUACAAUGCCGCUCUCAUCUCUUCUCCGCACUUCCGCCCGCCUGGGGCAGACGGUUGUUGCUCGACGCUCACGACGAACUGCUUCCACAGUAACCUCCAAUUCCUCGAGUAACUUUCGCGCAUUAGACUCGAUUUUAAUUGCCAACAGGGGAGAAAUCGCUCUACGAGUUGGUAGGACUGCGGCCCAGCAUGGAAUUCGAGUCACUACGCUCUAUACGGAUCCAGAUUCCCAAGCGCAGCAUGCUUUGAGUACACCAUAUGCAUUCAAUCUCGGCUCCGUGUCCGCGUACCUCGAUGGAGACCGUAUCAUUGAAAUCGCAAAGGCCCAAGGAUGCCAGGGAAUACACCCCGGCUACGGCUUCCUUAGUGAGAACUCAGAGUUCGCACGAAAAUGUACAGAAGCAGGGCUGGUCUUUAUUGGACCGCCGUGGAAAGCUAUCGAGGAUAUGGGAGAUAAGAGUCAGUCUAAGCAUAUCAUGACUGCCGCUGGAGUGCCCUGUGUCCCCGGCUACCACGGUGAAAACCAAGACCCUAAUUUCCUCGAAGCGGAGGCCGAUAAAAUCAAAUACCCAGUGCUCAUCAAAGCAAUCAAGGGCGGUGGGGGCAAAGGAAUGAGAAUCGCUCGUUCAAAGGAAGAGUUUCAAGCGCAGCUUCAGUCGGCGAAGUCGGAGGCUAUGAACUCUUUUGGGGAUGACCAUGUCCUAGUCGAGAAAUAUAUCACAACACCGCGACACAUUGAGGUCCAAGUCUUUGCUGACAAACACGGAAAUUGUGUAGCGCUGGGAGAGCGAGAUUGCAGCAUCCAACGGCGACACCAAAAAAUCCUGGAAGAGUCACCGGCUCCUCACCUGCCUGAUGCCACAAGAAAAGACAUAUGGGCAAAGGCUCGGUCGGCCGCGUUAGCCGUUCGCUACGAGGGCGCCGGUACAGUUGAGUUUAUCUUCGACAACGAUACGGGAGAGUUCUUCUUCAUGGAAAUGAAUACUAGACUUCAGGUGGAGCAUCCCGUAACCGAGAUGGUCACUGGGCAAGAUUUGGUGCAUUGGCAGCUGAAGGUCGCGGAGGGCGCCGAGCUUCCAUUAACGCAGGAAGAAGUGGAAGCCAAUAUAGCUACCCAUGGUCAUGCGAUCGAAGCGAGAAUCUACGCUGAGAACCCUGCGCAGGGCUUCAUUCCAGAUUCCGGUGCUCUUCUCCAUGUCCGCACUCCCGCCACCACCGAGGACGUUCGAAUCGACGCCGGAUUUGUGCAAGGUGACGAGGUUUCGGCGCACUAUGAUCCCAUGAUUGCGAAACUAAUCGUUCGGGGCGCCGACCGACAAGAAGCUAUUCGCAAGCUUGCUGCAGCAUUGGAAGAGUACGAGGUGGCCGGCCCAGCGACGAAUAUCGAGUUCUUGAAAUCAGUUUGCAAAAGUGCCGACUUCAUCUCUGGCAAAGUCGAAACGGGUUACAUUGAGAAGCAUCACGACGAGCUAUUCGCCCAAUCGCCAAUUGAGCCGGAAGUGCUGGCACAAGUAGCACUGGCUUGCUUGCAUGACGACGCUCGUCUCGCCGCGCAAAAAGCAACCAAUUUUCAAGGCUCCGCAGUGGGAUUUGGGCCAGGCUUCCAACAACACCACAUGACCUUCACGAACUCAGCAUCAGCAAACAACGAGGCCUUUGACGUCAAAGUUCAACAAACCGGAGAGAACGUGUUCAAUGUAAAGAUUGGCGAGCACACUUUCGAGCAGGUGACCAGCCACCCUAAUGCGGACUUCCGCAUCAUCACCUCGUUCUUCCCGCACACCCGUUUGGACACCACUGUCAUCCGCGACGGCGAUUCAAUCGUCGUAUUUCAGCGCGGCAGGCAAUACCGCCUUACUACACCACGGGCGAAAUGGAUGGAAAAAGCACUCGGCAUGAAAGACGUCACAAAUAGUGUACUCGCCCCAAUGCCCUGCAAAGUCCUCCGUGUCGAGGUCCAAGCCGGCGAUACUGUAGAAAAGGACCAGCCACUUGUGGUGAUUGAGAGCAUGAAAAUGGAAACAGUCAUCCGCAGCCCACAAAGAGGGAAAAUUGCCAAAGUCGUCCAUCAAAAAGGAGACCAAUGCAAAAGCGGGACACCGCUUGUGGAGUUUGCUGGUGAAGACGAAGAGGCGUCGAAAUAGAUAUGGAAGGAUUGAAGCUAUGCUGCACCAAUAGAGAACAAAUGGUCAAGCAGAUAGUUCUUUGUUCAUGUCAUGACGAGCAUAUAAUACCUAGGCUCAAUGCAUUGUGAC